AUGGGGUUAAUAACUUCUUGUUGUAAGCCUUCAGCAUCAGACAUUUUGACUCCAGACACAGAGACCAGACGUCGUCAACAAGUUGAGGCAGCAGAACGUCGCCGAGUGCAAGAAGAAGCUAGAGGUGUCAAAGACCCGGAGAGGGUUAAGAGGAUGCAACAAAAGUCUGAAGAAAUGGAACAGCGGGAGCAAGAGUUACAAAAACAGGGUGGAGCUACUUUAAAGUGGUCCGCUGACUGA